CUAAAUACCAAUUGUCAAUGAAGCACAUCACUGGCAAAGUUGAAAUAUUAUUUUCACACCGUAAACGUGAAAAUUACGACUGAAAAAUUUUGCAAAUAAAAUGAGUCGCAAUGUUUUGGCUCCUCCCACUCAGCGCAUGAGUAACAAUCGCAACUAUCGAGUAAACAUGGUGCACGACGAUUUCGGUGGUAGCAGCAAGUGGAACGCCGCCAAUGAGAAAAUUUCAAAGGGCUACGAAGAGCCAGAUCUGUAUGCCGAUGAUGAUUACGAGGAAGAUAUUGCGGAAUGUAACAUUGAGCAGCUGUCCAAUGGCAACUACAAACUGGCACUUCAUGUCCCCAAAUCUUUCUAUGGGGGUUUGAUUGGAUUCAAAGGAUCCACCAAGCGUCGCAUUGAAACAGAAAGUCAUACAGAAAUCUAUGUACCACGUCAGAAUGAUUCGUCCAAUGACCUAAUCAUUCAAUCCAAUGAUCGAAAAAAUGUUUGUGCUGCACUUCGGAAAAUUCGGCUGCUCGUUGAUUCUCUACGCAAGCGAAUGAAACCAACACAUUUUCUGGCUGCUCCAUUAAAUACUGGCGAAGUCCAGAAACGUUUCAAUGAGCUAAAGAAAAGCAUUUUAGAUGCCCAACUGCCAGGCAUCGAUGAAGACCUAUUCAUAUCAGAACGUUGUAUACAUCUCACUUUAGGCGUUUAUGUGCUGCUUGAUGAUGCUGAACGCCAAAAAGCUAUCACUGAGUUAAAUGCAUGUCGACAAUGGCUAACGGAUCUACGCACACCAUUUGAAAUGAAAAUUAAAGGCCUUGAAAUAAUGAACGAUGAUCCCAGCUCCACCACAGUGCUCUACGCUCAUGUAGAGUCACCGGGCCUACAAGAGUUUGCCGACAAGUGCUUGAAGCAUUUCCAAAGCACUGGGCUUUGUGCAAUUGACAACAUAGAAAGAGAUAGCAUCAAGUUACAUAUGACAGUGCUUAACGCUCGCUAUCGCAAGGAGAAAUUAAACAAAAAUGAUCGAAACUGUUUUGAUGCACGCGAUAUCCUUAAACGCUUUGGCGAUUUUGACUUCGGAACUGCUCAAUGCAACGAAGUACAUAUGUGUGUGCUCAAUUCGUCCAGGGAUGUGGAUGAUUUCUAUAAAAUAUCGAGCACAUUAAAAUUUUAAGCAAUAUUCGUUCAAUUUCAAAACCUUGG